CGUGAGAGCUGAUCUAAGAAAAACGAACACAUCCAAAAUAUGGCCGCGAAGAUUCAAACGUCAACCCAAUCGACAAGCUGAAUAAUGUGAAAUUUGGCGUUGGAUUUCUCCAUGACUAACGAAGAUUGAAAUCAAAAUAAUGUCGGCAUUUAAGAAGAAGAAUGUUUUUGUCAACCCUUUCUACCAAGACGGUGUUGGCAGGCGGACUGGCAUUGUAGUGAAAAAAGAUGUGAGGAAAGACAGCGAUGGCUUUGAAGUCUUUGAUGACUACUGGUCAGAGAGCGAGAAUGAUGCUACCAUGCACACUACAUUAGCAGCAGAGAAGGAAAAUAAAGACGGUACUAUGAAAAAGCGAUCGCUGAGGUCUAUGCCAUCGUUCACCCCUCAAGAAGCAAGCUCAGAUCGAGAGGCAAGCAAGGUUGAACUGCCACAGGACGUCUCACAAGCUGCAGAGAAUGCUUCAGCUCUUGAGGCUGAUAUCACUGGCAGCAUCAUCAAGGGACCAGCCCCCGGCCUGGAACCCUCGUCAGCCUUGAGUAAAUUCAAGACCAGGCAGAGGCUAAGUUUUUCAGAGGCCACCACUUCCGAAGAGAGCCAAACCAGUGAAGGUGAAGAUAGUGUCGGGGAUGAAAGAGAGAGCCAGGAGAGUGGAUCAUCCUCUGAAGGAACUGUCAAAGCCCCUUCCAGCCAGUCGGAACUCAGUCAAGAAGAAGGGGAUGGACAGACAGAGACUGAAGAGGAUGAUGCAAGCGGGCCUGUCGAACAUGAUGACCAGCAGAGUAGCCAGACAACCAGUGAACCAUCAUCACCUCAAGAAGAGGUACCUGAGCCUCAGGCCGAAACCACUUCAUCAAGCGAACAGGGUACUACUGCACAGACCAGAGGGAGCAAGAGGCGAUCAACCCGGCCUGAUGGUGACCUAAGUGGCCCAGUCCCCAGGGAGACGAGAAGCAGAAAGAGUAUAUCUCAGUCAAAGAACUUUGUAGAAAAUGAAGAAAUGGAUGAAAGAGAAGUAGGGAGAGAAGCAGUGAAAGCAGUAGAAACAAGAGGCAGGAGAAGCACUCGACAAUCAAAUGCAAGUGUGCUAAAUGAAAACGAGCUUCAGAAGGAUAACGAGAAGUCAGCAAAGAAAGGUGCUGAUACAAGACGUAGAAAAAGUACUCGACAGUCAAAAGCGAAUGAAGGAAAAGUUGAUAAAGAUGCCGUGAAUGACAAAGAGAUUGACACAAAUAUUAAAAACAGUUCCAGACGGAGCAGAAGUAUAAAGCCUUCAAACGUGAGCGUAAAUAAAGGAAAUGAUAUUGAAAUAGAUUUAGAGAAACAAGAAGAGAAAGCUGGAGGUACGAGACGCAGGAAAAGUACUCGUCAGUCAAAAGUUAAUGAUGCCGUGGAUGACAUAGAGAUUGACACAAAUACGCAAAACGGUUCCAGACGAAGCAGAAGUUUAAAACCUUCAAACAUGAGCAUAAAUAAAGGAAGUGAUACUGAGAUGGAGUUAGAGAAGCAGGAAGAGAGAGCUGGAGGUACAAGACGCAGCAAAAGUACUCGUCAGUCAAACGUAUCAAUAAAAGACGUGCAAGAAGACAUAGUCGGAGAUAAGGAAACAGAUGAUGUAACAUCAAAUCUCAGAAAGAGUCCUCAUCAGUCAAGCAGAUUAGAAAGGGAGAUCAAGAGAAUCCACGAUAGAAGUAUCCGUCGGUCAAAGGGAGUGGAAGAUCUUAAAGACGAUGUCGAGAAAGAAACAGAAGUGGUCAAGUCAAGACGUAAAAGUAAACAGCAAUCAAAUGCCCCUCCUGGAAAAGGGGUUGAAGAAGAGAAGGGUGGAGAAGAGGAGGAUGAAGGACCGGAAGAUGAGGUAGCUCCAGAGACAGAUGCAGAAACUGCUGGAGAGAUAGAAGGAGAGAAGGUUGAAGGAACCAAGGAAGAGGAAGUUUUAGAGACAGAAACAGAAGAUGAGAUUGUUACAGAAACAGAAGAAGAAGAAGGAGAAAGAAAUAUUGAAGAACCAGAAUCGGAGGAGGCAGUGGACACAGAAGAGGAGAACGUUGGAAAGGCUAUUAAGCAAAAGGACAAAACUGUUCUGGCAUCAAAAUCUGAUGUUGUUGAAGAUGAAGAUGAUGAUGACACAGAGAAAGUCUUCUUUUCUUUAAGAGCAAGUUUUGCAGUUCCAUCAGUUCUUGAGGCGGAAGAUGAAUUUGAAUUUGCUGAUGCCGAUUCGCAAGAAUAUGGCCUAUUGGAUGACACACAGAAAGGAAAUCGCAAAAAAUCAGGGAGAACAAAUAGAAAAACUAUUGCAAAAGGAGGUAAGAAAAAUGAUAAGGAAAUGGUACAAAAAGAAAAGCCAGAAAAGUUACCGAAAUCCACAAGGAGACCGACCCAGAAGGAUAAACAGGAGAGCAAAAUGGGGAAAGUACAGAAGAAAAAGGCAAGUAAAAGAGGAUCGGAAAUCGGCAGGAAUGAUGAUCAAAAGAAAUUAAAGGAAAGUCCUGAAGAGAGUAUAAGUGGAGAUGGGCAUGACUCCAAACUAGUGAUGGGAGGCAAGAAGAACAGAGGAAAGAAGUCUAACCAACAGAAAAAACAAUUACAAAGGAGCCAAAGGUCUUCUGAGAGCACAUCCCAGGCUAGCUCUUCCGAUGCAGAUGCUGGCUCACAGGUCGAUGAUGACCAAGCUGCUGCUGUGGAUCUUCCACAAAAGAAUCAGAGAAAACCACGACAAAAGAAACCCUCCAAUCAGAAGGCUAGCUCUUCUGAUGCAGAUGCUGGCUCACAGGUCGAUGAUGACCAAGCUGCUGGUGUUGAUCUUCCACAAAAGAAUCAGAGAAAACGACGACAAAAGAAACCCUCCGAUCAUCCCUCAGAGGCCACCAACAGUUCUAAGACAGCCAGUGACGAAACCCUAGGGGUCGAUGAGGAUGGAUCCUCGACAGGCAAGGCUGGGUCUAGCUCCAGUGCGUUCAGGUCACGUCGGAGCAGUGUCCACUUUACCACCAAGGACAUGAUCUCUGUCGGUGGAGACAUUAGCAUCCAUCAAGUCUCGAGCGCUGAGGACAAAUCUUCAGACAACCAGAAGGUUCCACCUACUACAGCUACUCUCUCAAAGGACCACAAGAAGUCCAGAAGAUCGUCUAAGGGGAGAUCAAGCGGCGGCCGUGCCAAGACGCGGGACGAGGCGAAAGAGGAUGAGACCAGAAACGUGGAAGAACAUCUGAGUGGUCAGUCAUCGCAUGAAAGCACAGCAGAGAGUGAUCGAGAGACAGCUGAUCAAGGACAAAGUAGGAGAGGAAGGAAGAAGGGAAACCGAAAGAAACCGUCAAAGCGGCAGUCUUCGGAUGCAACCUCCACAACCUCUGAAGGUUCUCUCAAAACUGAUGAGGAAGAUGGGGUCAGACGGACGAAACGUCACAGAGCACCCCCUCGAGAGUACUGGCACGACAGUAUCCAACAUACUGAGGAUCAUACUGAUACUACCCAAGUCUCGGUUGAUCACCAUGAUGCAAACCAAAAUCAAUCCGACCAGUCCAUUGACCAGUCCACUGACCAGCCCACUGACCAGUCCCCCAAGGGUCCAACCCCCCCUGGCAAGUCCCCAAGCACGUCCAGCAGUGGAGCAAGGUCAAUAACGUCCACAGGGUCUAUCCUGAAAGUCAGCAGGAACUGGGAUAAGAGACCCAAGAACAAGAAGAAUAAAUAUUCCAUCCUCUACACAGAGAAGCCACUCCGGAAGGCUUAUAUCAUCAAACCUGAUGAGGAAGAUGGAGUCAGACGGACGAGACGACAGAGAGUGCGCCCUCUAGAGUACUGGCGUAACGAACGUCCACUCUACGAACGUCGGAAGUCAGGGGGCUUGCUCUGGCUGGUAUCAUCUCUCCCGGAGCACCAGAGGAGAGAGUGUCUGUGAGGUCUAUGAGGCAACCAGCUAAACCCAAAGGUCACCUGCCAGUGACGCCCUCUCACAUCUCAAUCCAUGCGUCACCUCCCGUAGGGACCAGUAAAGUCUGCCAACCCACCAUCAAUGUAGUCAACCCUGACACCAAGC